ACAAAAUAUAUAGCCAACAGCCACAAAAAAACAAUCGAUGAUGCUUCUUUUCUCACAAACCACAAAAAUCUCUCUCUCUCUCUCUGUACAGUCUAGUUUCUCUCUCUACCUCCCACUCUUCACUUGAGCUUUAACAAUGGCAGAACACGACCCCAUCACUCCUCUACUACUCAAACACCGCCUCUCUCAUCCCUCCUCCGACGAGCCUCAACUGAUUAUACCCGUGGACGACAAUUGGGGUUCCAAAGAAGAACCCCCAAAUCGACUUCACAACUACGAAACCAAUCAGAUUGGCAAUACCCAUUCAGCGAUUCAGCACCCAUUUGAGUUUCUCAGUGCUGGACCUCUCUCCAUGCCUUCCUCAACCACUAUUGAUCCCUUUCGCAGCCACAAGCCGCAAAUUGAAGGGGUUUAUGAGUGGUUGAAGAUCCUCAUUUGUGUGCCUAUUGCAAUUGUUCGGCACCUGUUGUCCGGGUUGUCUUUGUUGAUUGGGUAUGUGGCUACCAAGUUAGUUCUUCAUGGUUGGAAGGAUAAGCAGAACCCAAUGCCCAAAUGGAGGUGUAGACUCAUGUGGGUUACUCGAAUUUGUGCUCGGUGUAUUCUUUUUUCUUUUGGCUACCAUUGGAUAAAACGUAGAGGAAGACCUGCUCCAAGGGAGACUGCUCCUAUAGUUGUAUCCAAUCAUGUAUCAUAUAUUGAUCCUAUUUUCUUUUUCUACGAAUUAUUUCCCACCAUUGUUGCUUCCGAGUCCCAUGAUUCCAUACCUUUUGUUGGAACCAUUAUCAGAGCAAUGCAGGUUGUAUAUGUCAAUAGGUCCUCACCAUCAUCAAGGAAGCAUGCUGUCAAUGAAAUAAAGAGAAAGGCUUCUUCUGAUAGAUUUCCUCGUUUGCUUUUAUUUCCUGAGGGAACCACAACAAAUGGAAGAGUUCUCAUUUCCUUCCAACUUGGUGCAUUUGUCCCUGGAUAUCCUGUCCAGCCAGUGAUUGUUCGCUAUCCCCAUGUACACUUUGACCAAUCUUGGGGAAAUAUUGCUUUGGGAAUGCUCAUGUUUAGAAUGUUCACACAGUUUCACAAUUUCAUGGAGGUAGAGUAUCUUCCUGUUGUUGCACCCCUUGAAAAUCAAAAGGAAAAUGCUGCCCAUUUUGCUCAAAGGACUAGUCAUGCUAUAGCUACCGCUCUUAAUGUUGUACAAACAUCUCAUUCCUAUGGGGACAUCAUGCUGUUUGCAAAAGCUUCCAAGUCCAAACAGGAAAAUCCCACACUAUAUACGGUUGAAAUGGCAAGGGUGGAAUCAGCAUUCCAUUUAAGCAGUUCAGAAGCUGUGGACUUUCUGGAUACAUUUCUAUCCAUGAACCCAGAUUCCAGCGGAGAGGUUAAAAUCCAUGAUUUCUUCAGGGUUCUGAGAUUGAAGGCUUGUAAUCUUUCUGAAAAGGUUUGUUACCAAAUAUUUCGAGUCCUUGAUGUGGAGCAAAAGGGUAAAAUAACAUUCAAGCAGUUUCUAUAUGGGUCAGCUCAUGUCCUAAAGCAACCAUUAUUCAGACAAGCCUGUGAAUUGGCCUUCGUUGAGUGUUACACUGGUGGAAACCAUUACAUUACCGAGCAAGAAUUGGGAGAUUCCAUUAGGCAGGCUAUUCCAAACAUGGAUGAGUUUGAGAUCCAUGAGCUAUUCAAAUUAUUUGAUACCGACAGCGAUGGGAGGAUCAACAAGGAUGAUUUUAUUGCCUGUUUAAGGAGAAAUCCAUUGCUCGUAGCACUUUUCUCUCCCCAGUUAAUGCACAAGAACUUGUCUGGAGUCUAUGAUACAUAGGAUGUUAAAGGAGGUGGUGUGAUGGAUGAUGGGUCAAUUUUUGUUGUAGGUUUGGCACUGUGAGACAUUUUAGCUCUUUCACAGAGGGCUUAAGUGAGGGACAAGUUAUUUGCAUAUAAUUCUUCCGUCUUUUGAAAAUAGUCACUUUAACUUCUUGUGGUUUGUUGAAUAAAAUAUACUAUUUUCAUCAAAAUUAACAGUGUAUUACACGUGUCAACCUUGUCAAAUAGUAGGGGAUUAUGUGCAUAUAUAGGGGCAAAGUGAAGUGUGUAGUUCAGUAAAUGAAAUUAUUUAAGUUUGUUUACAAGUAUCCAUAAA